CGGGCCCGGACGCAGUCUAGACUCUAGCGCUCUUGGUCCGAGCUGGGCAGGAGUCUGAGGCGACUGCGUUCAUGGCGUUCCCUAUCAAGGCAGUGAUUGUUCCCGGGAACGGAGGCGGGGAUGUAGCCACCCAAGGCUGGUACGGCUGGGUGAGAAAGAGGCUAGAACAGAUUCCUGGUUUCCAGUGUUUGGCUAAAAACAUGCCUGACCCAAUUACAGCCCGAGAGAGCAUCUGGCUGCCCUUCAUGGAGACAGAGCUGCACUGUGAUAACAAGACCAUCAUCAUAGGCCACAGCUCCGGGGCCAUUGCAGCCAUGAGGUAUGCAGAGACACAUCAGGUAUAUGGUCUUGUAUUGGUAUCUGCAUACACAUCAGACUUGGGAGAUGAAAACGAGCGUGCAAGUGGGUACUUCAGCCGCCCCUGGCAGUGGGAGAAGAUCAAGGCCAACUGCCCUCAUAUUGUACAGUUUGGCUCCACUGAUGACCCCUUCCUUCCCUGGAAGGAACAAGCAGAAGUGGCAGAUAGGCUGAACGCCAAAUUGUACAAAUUUGCCAACCGUGGUCACUUUCAGAACACAGAGUUUCAUGAACUGAUUAGUGUGGUAAAGUCUAUGCUGAAAGUACCAGAAUAGUCAGGGUGAGUCCUGCUCUGUAGCAUGCCAGAAUGGGGUGGAAUAGCAUCUGCUACCACACAGUACUAGGCAUGAAAUGUCCAGUUAAGCUACAGAAGUGCCUAGACAACAAGCUUGUUUGAACAUACACUAAAUUACUGUCAUUUUCAGUCCUCAUAGAAUUUAAAUCUUCUUGAAAAGCUGUAACUAUGGGAGUACUUUCCUGUUUGAUGGGGGAUACAGAGUUUAGCCAUCCUGUUGAUCCAGAGCGUAAGUCAGAGUGUAGAACCAAACAUGGAGCUGUGUCCCUGUAAUCCCAGCACUAUAGAAGAGAAAGCAAGGUGAAUGCUAGCUUGACCCUGCCUCAGAAAAGCAGCAGCAAGUAGACCCUGGUAUCCUGAAUCUCAUUCCAAAUUAUAACUCAGUAGCCUUUGCAAGGUGUGACCCACUCCUGAGACUUAGAAAGCUGAAGAAGGUGGAUCUUGAAUUUGAGGCCUCCCUAGGCUAAAUAUUUAGCAAAACUCUGUCUCAAAAAACAAGACAGGUUUUCAUGCAAAGUAUAUGAGUGACACCUUUUCCUUUUUAAAAUAAAAUUUUUCUCUUACUGAGGGGAAGAAAACAUGAUUAAAGGUCCCAAAUGUUCGUAGAACUCUAGCUGCUGUUUCAAGCUGGCUCAAGAUAAUAAACUCAAAUUUGGUCUUCAUCACUGAAAUCCCUGACCCGAGUCCUUCUGACAGGUUGAGAGACCAAUAUAUAAGAAUGCUGAGUCUGCAUAUCCUGCCACCUGUAUACCAACUUCAGUAAGACUAGCAGGAUUAGGUCAUAAGGGAGUGUUGCAGUAUAGAAAUGUGACAAGUAUGUAUGUAUGUCUUUUUUGUUGUUGUUGUUUUGUUUUUCGAGACAGGGUUUCUCUGUAUUGUUUUGGAGGUUGUCCUGGAACUCGCUCUGUAGACCAGGCUGGCCUCAAACUCACAGAGAUCCCCCUGCCUCUGCCUCCUGAGUGCUGGAAUUAAAGGCAUCCGCCACCAACGCCUGGCUAUGUAUGUCUUUUUUUAAGCUGUGGAACAGCUUAAAUCCCUACAUUAAUUAUGGCAGCUGGGAACACUACAAUUAAAAGAUUUGCAAAAGCUACAGGUCAUCCAUUUGUGAGCUCAGUCAUAAACAUUUUAGAUUCUCUACGAAGUACAGGCAGUGAUAGUGCACACCCUUAAUCCCAGCACUUGGGAGGUAGAGGCAGAUGGAUCCCUAUGAGCUCGAGCCCAGCCUGGUCUACAGAGCAAGUUCUAGGAUAGCCAGGACUACACAGAGAAACUUUGCGGGGGGGGGGGGGGUCGCUAAGAUAACCAAAAGAAGGUAAUGCUAGAGGGUGGAAAACAAGGGAGCAUUCUGUACUGUUAAGUUUUAAGUAGCUUCAAAAAGAAUUUUUCCAUGAUGCAAAUUUAAUUCUGUAAAGAAUUCAACCUCUUAACUUCUAGAGAUCAUUCAAGCAUCAUUCCAAGAUUUUUUUUUCUUUUGGUCUUUCGAGACAGGAUUUCUCUGUAUUGUUUUGGAGGCUGUCCUGGAACUAGCUCUAUAGAUCAGGCUGGCCUCGAACUCACAGAGAUCUGCCUGCCUCUGCCUCCAAAGUGCUGGGAUUAAAGGUGUGCGCCACCAGUGACUGGCCUCCAAGAUUUUUUUUUAUACUCUCACAAUAACCCCUUCUUAUAAAUGUACUUUUUUUUGUUUUUAUGAGACAGAUAAAUGUACUUUUAUAUUAGCAUAUAUUUGAUGUACAAAAUAUUUCACUCUUGUUUCUAAUGUACUUCUAUCAUAUGUAAAAAAGUAAAUAAAACUUUUAUUUCCCAGGA